AUGUGUCUUACUUAGAAAAUAAAUUUUAAACUAAUUUUAGUAUUGUGUUUUAAAAUUCAUUUAAUUGUUUCUUAGAUCGCUGGUAAUUAAGGCCUUCAUUACAUUUAUGCACAGUAAUACUUAAAUUAGUUGCAUUAAAACAUUUCUAACUGGAGUCCUUUGAUGAUUAAUGUUGCAACUUAGAAUAGCUUAGUAUAUGUUUCUACUGGUUAUAGGGGAAUUUCAAUAAUAGAUUAGCUAGGCAGUUAAACUCUUUUUAAUCAAAAUAUAGGUAAUGAUUACAUUUAGCUAUUUUAAAUAACUAAAAAUGGUGAAUAUAUUUUCAUAGGAUUUCAGGAGUAUUUAGUGAUUUAUAAAGUAAAUUUUUAUAAUCAAUCUAAUAUUUAAAGCUGUCAACUAUUAUAAUAAAUAUCACAACAAACACCAAUUUUAAGCUUAAUUUAUAGAGAAUCAAGCGAAAUAUUAAUAACUGCAGCAAAAUAAGGAUUAAUUGUUGCUUAUGAUACCUCAAAUAAGUCUAAUUGUAAAUAAAUAGGUUUCAUCAGUUUAAAUUCUGAAAUAAUUAAUAGUCUUUUUAUAAGCCAAGAUGGUUUAUGGCUCUAUGUUGCUGCAGAUAGCAUUGGAAUGUAAGUAUAUUAAUUAAAAGAUACUUGGAAUAAUAAUACAAGCUAGUUAAAUAGCAGCCAAAAUGGGCGUGAGAUAAAUUUCACUUUAGCCGCAUAUGCUAAAUUUGAUAGUGAAUUAAUGCAAAUUUAAGCAACUUCUACUAAUUAUAUCUAUGGAUUUGGGAAGUAUGAAGGUUUCUUUUUUUCUACUUCUUAAUUAAUAAUAUAAGCAAACCAAAAUUAAUUUCCUGUUUUAAUCAACUUUAAUAAUUAUUGGCCUUAUUAAUCAAUCUAACCAGUUAUUUAAUCUAUGCUUAUUAAUAAAGAAGAAACUAUUUUACUAUUAGGAGUGAGAUCAUAAGGCUUAUAUAUUUUUGACAUAAGUUAAAAAAAUACAAUCAAGCUUUUAUAGAUAAUAGACUUUGAUUUCCCUAUCUAUUCUAUGCAAUUUUCAAAUAGUGAGAAUUAUCUAUAUUUAUCAAAUGGUUAAAGUUUAAUCACUCUUAACUCAAUUGAAGUUAAUUUAAAUAAUGAUUUUCCAAAUAUUUAUAACUAUCAUUAAAUUAAAUUUGAUCAAUUUUAAGGAAAAUACAAAUGGAGAUGCUAUACUGACCCAUCCGAUACGUAUUUAAUUGGGAACUUUGAUUCAAAAGGAAUAUUUGUUUUUCCAUACUAUUAAAAUCCUUACAGAUUAAAUAUCUCUAAUUUUUAAAAUUAUAUAUUCAGUUAGGAUUCUUUAGAAAUAGAUAGUUCAGAUAAAUAUCUUAUAAUUCCUUAAUAUGGCGACACAACAUUAAUUGGAGUAUAUUAAUAUAAGCCUCUAGACAAUAGUCCUGAGCAGUAAAUUAUCUCUCCUAUGAAUAUGAAAGAGGUAAAAAAAUAUUAUGCUAACUUUACUUAUGUGAGUGAAAUGAUGACCUUUAGCUAUGAUAAAACGUUUGCAGUUCAAACCUAUGCAGUAGGAUUAAUACUUUAUAAUUCAACAGAUAUUUUAAACAUGUAUGUUUAUACCUUUUGGUAAUACCCAGAUUUUUUGUCAGGAGAAAAUCAAGGAGCAUGCAUAACAAAAGAUAAUAAAUGGGUUAUAAGUACAAUUAGAUUUGUUGCUAUAUAUUUGUUAAAUGUAUAAAAUAAAACAAAUCCCAUUCUUGCAAAUUAUCAAAUAAAUUUAGGUGGCGAAGCUAUAUUUAUAUCUUAAUUCUAUGAUUAUGCAUAUUUAGUAGAUGGAAUUAAAGGAUUUGCCAUUAUAGAUACCACUUCUUUUCCUAAUAUAAAUAUCAUAUCUAGAGUCAAUUUACAGGGCUAUACUGUAAUGCUUUUACUUCUUGAAUAAGAAAAUUAUGUGUUACUAACUUAAGUUGAAAAGGGUUUAAUUUCUUUGAUAGAUAUCAGCGAUAAAUUAUUUCCUUAAAUUAUUGCAUCUAUAACCUAUGAGUCUCAGACUGCUCAGGCAAUAUGUUCAAAUAAGAAUAAUAGUUAUAUCUUCCUGGGUGCAACUACUGGAAUAAUAACUAUGCCUUUGUAAAGUGAUGUUCUAAUUCAUACUGAUGCAUACUUAAUUGCCUAGGGUUAUGGUAAUAGAGAAAAUCAAAUAAAAUAAUUGAUUAAAAAGUAAUCUGCUAAUGGUACGAAUAGCCCAUCUAUAUAAAAUGAAUAUAUAUUUUACAUAGGUCAAAUUGUAAAAUUUGAUUUUACUAUUUUAUACUUGACAGCAUAAAAUACUCAUAUUAAAAACGUGCUUAUAUAUCAAGAAGGAUAGAUGGUAAAUUUACCUUCAUAUUUUAUUUUUGACUUACCUUCAUAGUCUCUUCAAGUAACAGUGAAUUAGGAGUUGGGAGGAAAUAACUAAAAUGAAUUCAAUCUAAAUAUUAUUUUACUAUGGACAGUAAUCCCUCUAGACUAAAAUUCUUUUAUAUAUUCUGCUGAAGAUUCUCUUGAUAUUGCAGUGACUAACUCAAAUUAAUCAGCAAUUAUAUUUCAAUAUUUAAUUGAUUAAAAUAUAUUAGAUUCAGCUGGAAUAAUUAAUUCUUAAUAUGAUUUUACAAAAAAUGUUAAAUUAGAUAGCCAAUUAUAAUCCUAAAUUUUAGAUCCAUCUAGUAUGACUAUAGCCUUAUAUUAAAUCUUAAUGGAUGCUUUAGCUUUGAAGAUAAAUCUAUCUCUUAAAAAAUCAUGCUAUGUGAAUCCGAUAAAAUACUAUGUGAAGUCUUCUUUAUAAUUUGACAACAAUAAUACAACCAAAUUUAUUAGUUCUAUUGAAGAAUAAAAUAUUUCAGUAACUCUGUAAAUAAGUAGCCAAGAUGGAAAGCUAGUGCCCAUAAAUCAAAAUAAUGUAAUCACUUACAUGCAAACUAACCAAGAUUAAUUGAAAAUUUAAGGAGCAUUGGAAGAUGUAAAUUCAGUAUUAAGCAAUAAAAUAAUAUUUGCAAAUAACACUGAGAUUACAUAAAAGAACUCUCCAAAUAUAACAAUAACUAUUGUUGACAAUAUCAACUAUCCUUUAAUUAAAACAUAUUCAAUUUAUUAAAGCAAUUUUAUAGUACUUAAGAAAUAAUUGAAAGUUAAUGAACAAAACAAACUCUAAUAUUAGAUAGAGUAAUAAUAUUAAGGAGCAAUUGUAGAUAUUAAUUCAAAUGUUGAUAUAUCUUUUUCCUCUAAUACAUUUUUUGUAGAAGAUAGUCAAAGUUUGAACUACGAAGUGUUUUUAUUCAAUUAAAAUGGCUAAUAUGAACAUAUUUCAAGCGGUUUUUGGCUAUAAUAAUAGAACAAUAAACUCAAUUUCAAGGGAUAGACAACUUCAAAAUUGUAUGGCAAUAUAUAUAGAUUUAAAAUAUAGGCAUCUGAUGGUUACACUACAGCAGAAGAUUAUUUUUAUAUUGCCGUUUAAGGUAUUCCCUUCCUAUAUAUUUUUAAUUUAAUGUUAACAAUCCUAGGGCCUGCAGCAGCUGCUUUUGGAAUUUACAAGAAAAGGUUUAGCUUAUAUAAUAUAAUUUUUAAAGAUUAUGUUACAUUUUCUGAGGAAGAAAUUUUUUGUGGUCAAGUUUAUCAUAAAGAAAUUAUAGCUCUAGGAUAAACUCAAUAAAUAGCUUAAGAAAUAGUUAAUUGUUUGUUUAAAACGAUUAUCAAUAGGCAAUCAAUCGACUAAGUUAUUGACUAAGUUUAAAGUUAAGAUAAAUAUGUGAAAUCAGGUGAUAAAAAUCUCACAGAAUCUUAGUUUUCUGAAAAAGAAUAAAUGAGUAAUUUUGAAAAUGAAAAUAAACUCUUGUAAGGAAAAAAUGAAGUAAGAAGAUUAAGAGCUAUUUCAAUUUUAAGUAAAAUUAAUACUCAUUCACAAAAAACAAUCUUUGAAAAAAAAUACUUACAUAAAACUGGAAAUUUAGUAUUUUCUAGAGUAAUAGAUGAUAUAAUUAAAUUUAAAAUACACCCAAAUAAACAUAUGUUCGAAUCAGAAGAGAUUUACUAAAGAGAAAUAACAAAUAUGAAUUCAAGAAUCCAUAGGUGUAUUAGAGCUUUAAUAUCUAGACAUUUCUUGAAUCUAGAUAAAAGAACAUUAUAAGUUUAUGAUUAUAUAAAAAAUUACUGUAUAGAAAAUUAUAACAAAACACAAUAUGACUGGUCGAAAGCAAUAGUUUAGAUUAAUUAUGUUAAUAAUUAAGAAGAUUAUUUACAAAGCAUAAUGAAUUUCCCAUAGCUUUAAUUAGCAUACAGUCAAUUAAUUAAAAUACUAUAAGAUAUUAAACUUCUACCAUUCUAAUUGAAAGAAAAUAUAAGUAAAUUCAAAGAUUUUGUAAAUCUUAUUCAAACUCAUUAAGUUAAUAUUAAUCCAUUUAUAUUAAGAGAAGUGAUAUUUGCAUAAACUUUAGGUUUUUCAAAUAUGUUAGUCUCAAAAUUUUAUCCAUCUACAGGCUUAUCAAUUCACUUAAAUGCUUAUGAAAUAAGUUAAGUAGUAGCCUUUAAAAAAAGACAUAUCAAUAAAUGGAUUAAACCAUUAUAUAAAAUACUAAAUAUGGAAUAUACUAGGUAUGGAAUUUCUAAGAAUAUUAAAUUACCUUAGUGGAUUUACUUAGAUUAAAAGCACGGCAAAAUAUUUUUACACGGAAUACCUUAAGAUUAUGAUAUUGAAGAUAUAUUAAUUAGAAUAUAUGAUAGAAAUAAUUAUGUGGUUCAGCAAUUUUUGCUUAAAAUUAAAUACAAUUUAAAAAAUGAUGAAGAUAAUAGGAAACAAAAUAAAGAUGAUAUUUACUCAGUAGCUGAUGAAUAAGAAGAAUAUAAAAGUAUUGUUUAAAAUGAAAUCAUGAGUUAAACUAAUAUAAAUUUAUUUAAAUUUUCUUCAAAUUCACCAUUAAAUAUGUCUAGUUUAUUAUAAGAAAGAGAAUUAAUGUUAACAAAUUAAACCCCAUAAUUAAGUAAGUUAGGUAGUUUAUCAAUAAAAAGCAAAUAAAUUAGUUCACCAAUAGCUAAAAAUAAAUACAAUUUUAGAAUCCAUUCAAAUAGUAAAAAUUCAUUUUUGCUUGAACAAACCAAUACUAAUAAUACAUUAGUAAACAAUAUCAAUACUUCAGAAGAAAAUUCAAUUUUUGUAAAUUUUACAACCGCUAUUGAAAACAACAUAGAUUUAUCAAAUAAAAAUGAAAAAAAUUUUCAAGAUUAUAGCUUAAACGUGGCUAAUUUAUAAUAAAAAUUUGAAAAUUAAAUGGAUGAAAUUAUAGAAUGA